AUGAACAAUACAUCAUUUUCUUUGGCGCCCACUCGUCGGACGAAUCAAGCCUGUGAUGCUUGUAAACUCAGAAAGGUCAAAUGCAAUGGUCAAGCAAAAUGUCAGCAGUGCAGUCAUCUCAAUCUUCGCUGCGUCUAUUCUGCGCCCAAGCCAAGGACAAAGACUCUGAAACGAGGAAAACUCAUUGCUCAAUACAAGGAAACCACCAACGGACGCACAGAAACUUCAGACUCGAGUCCAGCUCAGCCAUCACCCUCUGUGAUUACCCAUGAUGCUGCAUUCUUUACUAGUUUCUUGGAUGAUUAUGACGUCUCUGUCUACCCCGUUAAUCCCAUCAUGACCGUCGACGAUGUACUGGCCUCAAUCAGAGAGAUGGAACAGAGCGCAGAAGCCAGGACUUUUGUCUAUGCUUACACCGCCAUCACAAUUGCCUUGACCAACAAAAGUCCGGAUAAUUCGACCGACUCUCAGUCGCAAGUAAGAUACUGGCUCGAGGAACUCAUCAAGGCCAGAGCAGCUAUUGCGUUUGAUGAAAAGAUGUCGGUCCGGAGAGUCAUGAUCAGUCAAUUUUCUCACAUUUCUCUCAUGUGCCUCGCCAAUAUGGACAUGUCUUUCUAUUACGUUCGCGAAUCCAUCACCAUGAUUCAGAUGCUACGAAUAGGCCAUCCAGAAGUCAUGGAAAAGCUCAACUCGAGUGAACGUGCUCGCAGACAAAGAUUGUAUUGGGAAGUCUUCAUCCACGAAAGAUAUUUGGCCAUAUCCAACUAUCGCCCUGUCGUCCUACCACCUUUGCCGGAUCUCCCGGAAUUCGACCCAUCAAUACCUCCAGGUGUACAUGAAGGCUUUCUGCAGAUCAUCCGACUCUUCCGUCUCAUCGACGAAGGCUUCCUUGCCAACUGGUUCGGCACCACAACGGUAACACGAGAAUGGAUCGACAGCAAACACAAAGAAAUUGAUGAGGAGCCAGUCGGGAACGAAGCUCACGGCGGUGUGACACCUCUAACAGACAUGCAGCAAGCGGACUUGAUCGUAACAAAACAUUGGAUGAGAAUGUUGGUGUGGCAGAUGGCCAUGUCGAAAUGCUUGCUGAGCUCCAACUCAUCAAAAGAGUCUUUGUCAUUAUCUUUCCCGGUACGGUUGUCAACACAAUUACGAGCACUCAUGACAAGGUUCUCCCGUCAAGCAAUCGAAAUUCACGGUUCGGGCAUUCAACAGAAGCUAUUCGAGUUGACGGAUACGAUUGCCAAUGUCAUCAUUACUGUUCCCGCAGCUACAGUCCAGGAGACGGCUGGUCGAGUCGACGACUUCACCUUCCUCAUUGGCUUUUUAUUUUCCCUACCAAGCUUCGACCCCGUACAAAGGGAUAUCUUGCAGAACAAGUUGGAGCAGUUGCAGUCCCUCUUUCCCUAUUCGGCAAGCGAGGCCGGCGCGUCGCCUGCGGCCAGCGAUGUCACGUAUACGUCGACCAGCAAAACACCACACAAUGACCUUCCUUCACCGCCAUCACGCGUUGUAUGGCAUGAAAUGGCGAAGAAGUUAUCGAUGGCUCAACCGCGAGAUGUUCCUCGGUCAGAUUUGGCACGGCUCGUUGAAAGUGUUUGA